AUGUUAUUGGCAAGUCCAGAAGCUACAUCCACGCUGCUAAAAUUGGAAAACAAUAUAAAGAACUACAAGACGGAUCUUAUUAGAUUUAAAAAGGAUAAGCAAGAAAAAGUGACAGCAGAUUAUAAGGAGCACAGAGUAUAUAAGUGGCUCAGUGGCACCAGUGACUUGCCUAGAUUUGCAAGAAAGAGAAGACCUAUCCGUAAACCUAGACACUACACCAUAGAUAAGACUUCAGGUAAUUCCAGUUCAGAAUCUGAACAGAGCAGUUGGGACAGGGAAAGAGUGAUUAGCAAUUCCCAAGCCCAAUCUUUUUUAGAAGAUUCAAACCCUGCCAAUCCGGGGAUACGGACCAGACAUCAGAGCAAGAUCACUUCAUCAGAAGGAGGACAAUUACGAGACGAGGACAGAAGGGACGUACCUUCUGGGGGAAGAGGGAGACCACCACGUCAGAGGAGAUAA